UUUUCAUCGAUUUUUGUACAAGCAUCACAAAAAAACAUCUUCCAAUGUCAUCAAGAAAUUAUGGACAACGCGGAACGUCACGAUUUAUUAAUGUAACAAAUAAUACAAAUAAUAUCAAUAUAAACCGAAAUCGCGUUGCAGAAAUUCGACUGAUAAAUAAUUCUAGUACUAUAGAUCGAAUUUCUCUAAUAAACACACCUCAAAUUACGAAUAAUUCCAUUGAAAAUGAUUUCUUUAAUGGAACAAGUUUUUAUAAUAACAAUAGUUUCGAAUCUUUAAUUUUACCUGCUGGAUGUUCAACAACCUCUUCAUUGUUUCGUUAAAAUAUGUUUUUCAUACUUAGUUUAAUUUGAAACUGCGCUUCUAUCUCGAAAAAUAUUUUUAUGAAAAUUUGUUUUUUUU